AGAGAUUCAGACGCGACGAUGGGCACAAUCGGCUUAAAACAUCAGAUGAUAAGCUGAAAAAGUGAUAAGGUUAUAAAAAUGCGGGACAGACUCCUCCUAUUCUGUCACUAUAUAGUCCGUAUUAGGAAAAGUACGGUUUCUUCUGAUUUUUAUCACAAGAAGGAUGGUCAUGAGCAGGACACUUGUACUUGUGGCGCUCCUCGGCUUCGCAUAUGUUUGCGAAUCCGCUCUGAUCACAAAUCUCCCUGGAGCUCCAAUCUCAAACUUCAAGCAAUAUUCGGGCUACUACAAUGUGGGAACCAAGAAGAAUCAUAUGCUCCACUACUGGUUCGUCGAGUCUCAAAGCAACCCAUCAACUGAUCCAGUUCUUCUCUGGCUUACCGGUGGACCAGGAUGCUCCGGAUUGUCAGCUCUUCUCACCGAGUGGGGACCAUGGAAUGUCAACACCGACGGAGCCACCCUUCGCACCAAUCCAUACUCCUGGAACAAGAAUGCCUCAAUUCUCACCCUUGAAGCUCCAGCCGGAGUUGGAUACUCUUACGCCACAGACAACAAUAUUGCAACCGGAGACGACCAGACAGCCAGUGAGAAUUGGGAAGCCCUCGUCGCUUUCUUCAAUGAGUUCCCACAAUACAAGGGAAACGAUUUCUAUGUGACUGGAGAGUCGUACGGUGGAAUCUAUGUUCCAACACUUGUUCAGACUAUUUUGGAUCGUCAAUCACAAUCUCAUAUCAAUAUUAAGGGACUCGCAAUCGGAAACGGAUGUGUUUCAGCUAACGAGGGAGUUGACUCACUUGUCAACUUCUUGUACCAUCACGGAGUUGUUGAUCAGGCCAAAUGGGAGCACAUGAAGACCUCGUGCUGCCACAACGACACUGAUGCCUGCCCAUGGCACUCGUUCAGCGAGUUCUCGGCCUGCGGAGAAUUCGUUGAAGCUACCCAACAGACCGCCUGGAACGGAGGUCUCAACCCAUACAACAUGUACGCCGACUGCAUCUCCACCAGCGCAAGCUUCCGUUUCGGAAUGGAGUAUGAGAGAAGAUUCAAUAAGAAGUACACACCAGAGGUUCUUGGAACCGUUCCAUGUCUUGAUGAGAGCCCAGUAACCAAUUAUUUGAACCGUCAGGAUGUGCGUAAGGCACUCGGAAUUCCAUCUUCUCUUCCAGCUUGGUCGAUUUGCAGUAACGCCAUCUCGUACGGUUACAAGAGACAAUACGGAGACAUGACUUCCCGUGUUCUGAACGCCGUCAACAACAACAAUCUGAAAAUGAUGCUCUACAACGGAGACGUCGAUUUGGCCUGUAAUGCUCUUAUGGGACAGAGAUUCACUGACAAGCUCGGUCUUACGCUCUCCAAGAAGAAGACCCACUUCACUGUGAAGGGUCAAAUCGGUGGAUACGUGACACAGUACAAGGGAUCCCAGGUGACAUUCGCCACUGUUCGCGGAGCCGGACACAUGGUACCAACCGACAAGCCAGCCGUCGCCGAGCACAUCAUCCAAUCGUUCCUGUUCAACAAGGCCUUCUAAUCGUUAGGAGAACAAUGAUAAUAAUUUUGAAAUAAAUGUCUGAAAAACUGAGCUCACAAGAGGUUAUAAGGUUCCAGCAAUUUAUAAGAAUUUGGAAAUUGAAACAAUAAAAAAGAAUAAAAAGGGAAA